AUGAAGGUCGUUCCAAUUCCUGAAAUCAAAGUUAGUGUAGCGGAAGUAUGUGAGUUUAUAAAUUUAUACCGAAUAAUUUUAAAGGUACGCGGUUCUGGCUUGGAAGCUCAUGAACUGCUCUCGUUAGCUGCGGCUGCUGCCGAAGUUCUACCGCCAUGUCCUCGUGGAACGGUUUUCGACACCGAAAAUGUAUUUAUAAAUAGUAAAGGAAAUGUAGAAAUUAGAACCGUGCCGCAGUCGUCUGUCGACCAGUGUUUCGUCCCUCCGGAAUGGUCGAAAAACGAGGAAGACCCGGGCGCAGCUGCAGUCUACUGUAUGGGUGCUGUUCUGAGAGCAGCUGGAGCUGAGCAUGCCGCAGAUGUGGAUUUGUUUUCGUUGGUGAACAUUCUCACGGUCGGUAUGGUAGGGACGAGACCUACGGCUCAUCGAAUGGGCUUGAUGGCGAAGUAA